AUGUUUUUCUCACGAGGGCCUGGCGCUCUUUGUGCCUACAGACGAGCCAGCUUCUUCCCAUCCUGGUCACAUCGGUAUCUGGCGACCAAGACCUACGAGCCGCUUCGUAUCCUCUUUUGCGGAUCCGAUGAGUUCAGCAUAGCUUCCUUGAAAGCUCUCCAUAAAGAACAUGUGAAGCGACCGGAUCGGAUUGCCUCAAUCGACGUUGUCUGCAGACCUGGCAAAAAGGUUGGAAGGGGACUCAAGAAAAUCCGUGAGGUUCCGAUCAAAGCGGCCGCAACGGACUUGUCUCUCCCGAUCCAUGAGAUCGAUACCUUUAGAGGCUGGACGCCACCUAUACUACCUGGAGGUCCUAUAAACUUGAUUGUCGCCGUCUCAUUUGGACUGUUCGUCCCUCCACGACUUCUCAAUGGCGCAAAGUAUGGGGGUCUAAAUGUUCACCCUUCGCUGCUUCCCGACUUCCGGGGCCCCGCACCGCUACAUCACACUUUAUUGGCCGGUAGAUCUCAGACUGGAGUCACUCUUCAGACGCUACAUCUCAAGCAUUUCGACCACGGUACUAUACUAGCACAGACUCCGGCCCCUGGUUUCGAUAUCCCAAAUCCCGACUCGUGCACAGUAUCCGAUUUACUGGAUCUCGUUUGUCCCAAGGGCGCAGACAUCCUGGUUGAAGGUAUCCGGGAGGGAUUGUUCGUGCCCCCCGUGCAGGAUGCAUGCUGGAAAUCGCCUGAAGGGGACGGGCCAUUGAUUCACGCAGCCAAAAUCAAGCCGGAGGACCGGCAUAUAGAUUGGUCAAACUGGUCGUGGUCGGAGCUCAGCCGAAGAAAUCGUGUGUUGGGUCCGCUCUGGAGUAAGGCCCUAGUCGCCAGCAACACUUCUAAUGAAAGCCCUUCUUUUCAACAUCGGCGGAUAAUAUUCACAGAAUUCGAAGAAGUGUCGCCGCUCAAUGGCAGUGGCAAGUUCGCCAUUGUCCCAGGCUUGCCGUUCGUGGAUGGCACGCAUCCAAUCGAGUCAACGAAGGGGAAGAGCGUCUAUGUGUUCACGCAGGAUGGGAAGCUCGUCAAGGUGCACAAGAUGAAGGUGGAAGGAGAACAAAAUUCCGACGCUCUUAGGGCCGCUCUGAAGGCCCGGAUGGUUGGCGAUCGCACAUUUUACUCGGGUGAUGUGGGGUAUACACCGUUCUACAACCCUCUAGUAUAG